AUGUACAACGCACACCGCGGAAUGGUGCCUGCACCGAAUAGCCGCCUUACGGAGCUGUUGGAGCAGUUGCGCCAGGAAUUUGAGAAUCAGUCUCGGAGCACCGGCGAGUUUGAGCACCAAUUGACCGGUCAGAUCCAGGAAAUGGAAAUGAUUAGACAAAAGGUCUACCAGCUCGAACAAGCGCAAAUCAAAAUCAAGAAUGAGUACGAAAAUGAAAUCCGAGUUUUGCGCCAUGAGCUCGAAUCGCGCGGUGUUCAGACUGUUCCCUCGCAUGUGGGUGCUCCGCCUCACGCAGGCCCCUCGCAAGCUCCGCCAGCCCUAGGUCACGGUACAAAUAACCUGUUUGGUGGUAUCAUGGCCAACCAAGGAGGUAGCGGCCCUGGAUUGGCCCCUCCGCCGCCCCAGGACCAACAGCCACCUCAACAUGGUCUGCAACAGACCGCCCCCGUAGCGCAGCAAGGACCCCCGCAGCCUCCACCAAGCUCGUAUGGAGCAUAUCAGCCUGGAGCUGCUGUGAAUGGCUACGGUCCUCCUCCACCGACCGCAUCUCCUGGACCGGGUAAAGGCCGUGGCCGACCUCCACCAGGCCCUGCUACGCCGCAGCAAACUCAUCAGCUCAGCUACCCUCCUCCCGGCGCCUCUCCUCAGAUUCCUCGCCCAACAGCGUCCGGCCCACUCGUUCGAGAACGACCGGGCAACACCCUGGCAAACUGGAAUCCAGAUGAUCUACCAGCUACCCAGAAACGAGAAGGUACCGAUUGGUAUGCAAUCUUUAAUCCCGAGGUCCAGCGGGUCUUGGACGUUGAGCUUGUCCACCACUUGUCGCACGAUAGUGUUGUCUGUUGCGUUCGGUUCAGUCGGGAUGGGAAAUACGUUGCUACAGGAUGCAACCGAUCUGCUCAGAUCUUUGACGUAGCUACCGGUCAGAACGUAGCUAUUCUUCAAGAUGAGUCUGUUGAUAAGGACGGUGACCUCUACAUCCGUAGCGUCUGCUUUAGUCCUGAUGGGAAAUACCUCGCCACUGGUGCCGAGGAUAAGCAAAUCAGGGUCUGGGAUAUUCAAUCGCGCUCAAUCAAGCAUGUAUUCACAGGUCACGAGCAAGAUAUCUACUCGCUCGACUUCGCUGGCAACGGCCGCUACAUUGCCUCUGGUAGUGGUGAUAAAACGGUGCGUCUCUGGGACGUCUUGGAAGGCAAGCUCGUUUACACACUCAGCAUCGAAGAUGGCGUCACUACUGUCGCUAUGUCUCCAGAUGGCCAUUACGUGGCAGCUGGUUCUCUUGAUAAGAGUGUCCGUGUCUGGGAUACGACUACUGGGUAUCUUGUUGAACGACUGGAGAGCCCCGACGGCCACAAAGAUAGCGUUUACUCAGUUGCGUUUGCGCCCAACGGCCGUGACCUUGUCAGCGGUAGUUUAGACAAGACGAUUAAGAUGUGGGAGCUCACCGCACCUCGUGGUAUGCUUCCUGGAAGUGGUGUAAAGGGUGGCAAGUGUGUACGAACAUUUGAAGGUCACAAGGACUUCGUUCUGAGUGUUUGCUUGACGCCUGAUGGACACUGGGUGAUGAGUGGAUCUAAAGACCGCGGAGUGCAGUUCUGGGAUCCUAACACGGGAAGUGCGCAAAUGAUGUUACAAGGCCAUAAGAAUUCAGUCAUAUCUGUCGCACCUAGCCCAAGCGGCAAUCUUUUCGCUACAGGAAGCGGUGAUAUGCGAGCCAGAAUCUGGAGAUACUCGAAUUACAGUGGGCGGUGA